CCGACAAAACCCGUUCUCUCAGUAGGGGACACUUGUUUUGUCGCCGCGGCCCUCAUCCAGCGUUAGCGGUGGAGUUUUCCUCAGUAAAGAAGAAGGAUCGGAUUUUCAGUACCAACUAGAAAGUCCAGUUCGACCGACCGAAAUGUCACAGGAGCAUGACAACAAGCGUGCGGUCCUGGUUCUCCAGAAUGAGCCGGGGUAUGGUGGCCAGCGUCGCUCCUUUACCACAGAAGAUGAAGCCUGGAAAUCAUUCCUGGAGAACCCCCUGACAGCAGCCACCAAGGCCAUGAUGAGCAUCAAUGGAGAUGAGGACAGUGCAGCAGCUCUUGGCCUGCUCUAUGACUACUAUAAGGUGCCCAGGGAGAAAAGAACAAUAGCCCAGAGCAAGCCAGAAACCCUGGUCUGUGAUGUGGAUCCAAACAAAAGGCACCAGAUCCAGGUGGGACACCCCAUAUCUCCCCUCCAGGAGGUGGGUAUGGAGAGCAGGAUCCAGGUCCUCAAGGGGCCCUUUAAUAUCCUCCAGCUGGCCCAGGACAAGAGGAGCCAAUUCCCCUCACCAGACACAACCGUCACAGUUUCCAUCGCCGCCGUGCCAAACUACCCACCUGUAAAGACGGAGGUGCCCAGCCAUGGCUUCUCAGUCACCAUACCCAACAAUUGCACCGAAACCAACAGCCACGUGGGCGUCUUUGACCGUCAGCUGGCCCACAACACCAUCCAGUUCAGUCCCAGCACCCAGUCCCGCACACCCCCCGACUCCACCUUCUCCGAAAGUUAUAAGGACGGUUCCCAGGAGGUGUUUUCCUUCCCAGGGGAUCUCCAGUUACGUAUGGCCUCCCUGACGCCCGAAGAGUAUCCUCAUUUUGACAACGUGCCGGGGAAUAAUUUUGAAUACACACUGGAGGCAUCCAAGUCUCUGCGUCAGAAGACAGGUGACGGCACGAUGACGUACCUCAACAAGGGCCAGUUUUAUCCGAUCACACUCAGAGAGGCCGACAACAAAGACAUCCAGCAGCCCAUCACCAAAGUCAGGAGUGUAGUGAUGGUGGUGUUUGGAGAGGAGAAGUGCAGAGACGAUCAGCUGAAACACUGGAAGUACUGGCACUCCAGACAGCACACGGCCAAGCAGAGGUGUCUGGACAUCGCGGACUACAAGGAGAGCUUCAACACCAUCGGCAACAUCGAGGAGAUUUCCUAUAAUGCCAUUUCCUUCACCUGGGACACCAACGAGGAGGCCAAAAUCUUCAUCUCUGUCAACUGUCUGAGCACGGACUUCUCCUCACAGAAAGGAGUGAAGGGUCUUCCUCUGAACCUGCAGAUCGACACCUACAGCUACAACAACCGCAGCAACAAGCCCAUCCACCGCGCCUACUGCCAGAUCAAAGUCUUCUGUGACAAGGGGGCCGAGAGGAAGAUCAGGGAUGAGGAGAGGAAGCAGUCCCGCAGGAAAGGCAAGGUUGCUGAGCUGAAUCCUGGUCUGGCCUUUGUAGAUGUCAAAGUGCCCCUCCUGCAGAAGCGCAAUGACGUGACCAUCUUCAAGAUGAUGACUGACUUUGAGACCCAGCCGGUCCUUUUCAUUCCUGACAUUCACUUUUCUACCUUCCAGCGCCAUGCUUACUCGACAGAAGAUGGAGAGGACAGCUCGGGCAUGAAGAGAUUACCCUUCAGUGAGGAAGAGUUUGGUUCGCCCCCUAACAAGAUGGCAAGAGCGGAGGAACCAAAGAAAGUCCUUUUGUACGUGCGCAAAGAGACGGAGGAGGUGUUCGAUGCACUCAUGCUGAAGAAUCCCACGCUGAAAGGCCUGGUGGAAGCUAUUGCAGAGAAGUAUGAAUUACCUUUGGACAAGGUUGGAAAAGUCUACAAGAAGUGCAAGAAAGGGAUUCUGGUCCACAUGGACGACAACAUCAUCAAACACUACUCCAACGAAGACACCUUCCAGAUUACCAUGGAGGAGCAGGGUGGCAUGUACAAACUCACCCUCACAGAAAUCUGAUUGGACAGGAGGAGAUGACAUCACCCCGGAGCAGAGGGAUGGAGGACGGAUAAAAAAAGAGUAGUGGUUUACACGUCUAGCUGUGCAGUUAAACUCAAAUCAUGUUGUGUUUGUACCUUUUUUAUAUGUCAAACUAAUGAUACAACACAAAGUCCCACAAGAGGAAUUUAAAAAGCCAUAGCUCUUAAAUUAUCCUAAAUGUUGAUUAGAUACAGGAUGCAAGACAUACAAUUUGAUUCAUUUUGAAACCAUCUUGCACCUCAGAUGUAAGUGCCUACUUUGGUACAUUUUUGUGCAGAGCACAUGUGUGCUGCUAUACCUCAAGCUUUGCAAGCAGCAGUGUUUCUCUUUUUAAGAAAAUCUCUGUAAGGGGAAUGGGCUUGUCUUUCCCUACAUAAAGCCAUAGCACUGAUGAAUAAAAUCUGUAAAGUUGGGUAUUAAGUGCACAAACUGAAGACAGCUUAUUGUUGAUGGAGCCUCAGUGCUUCAGUGUAUUAAUACCAAACAACAUGGCAGUAUUUAGUGUGUCACACUUUCUUUAGCCUUCAUACAGUUAGCCAUAAAUAAUGAAACUGUUGUAUUUUUUAGCAUACGGUACAUGUUUUUGUAAGUGUAAUGAUGUUUAUUCUCUGAUCAAUUUAAAUUAGGGCCUCUUUGUAAGUAUUAUGAAGUUAAUAAAUAUAUGGAUAAUAACGCUGAAAACACAGCUCCCCCUCACUGUAGAAUAGAUGUCUGGAUGUUGAUGAAAAAGGUCAAUAAAAGUUUAGUGCUGUCAACACGAGCUGCUCUGGAAGUGCAAUAUGAUAGUAAAGUUCAGGAAAAAAAAAUCUCCUUUAUUGCCAUAUUUUAAGUGUACAAUACAUUUGAACGAUAAUUUUGAAUGGACAUAUUUUUGUAAAUAUCUGCUGACGAAAAGGAUCGAUGUGAUCCCUUCUUUUGUAUCUCAGUACUUAAUGUGUAUAUAUUUAUUAAGACAAAUGGAUGUGGGUCACUGUCUGGUUUUUUAUCAUAUAUAUCAAUAUUUCUUUUAUUCUUAUUAAUAUAAUGUUUUUUAUUUUAUGAGAAGUCAUUCUAACAUUAAAUGUCAAGGGAUUUAUGAACAUGUUUUUAAUGAAUGUUUUCUUUUUGUAAAGGAUUUGAUGCACAAAGUGCCCA